AUGGGCUGCGGCGGCCCCAGGAACCGUGUGGGCCUGCGCUGCGAUCUUCCUUUCCGAUCCGCCAUCGGUGGUGGAGUCACCACCAAGAUGCAGAUUUUCGUGAAAACCCUCACGGGAAGACCAUCACUCUGGAGACUUCGUGGUGGUGCUAAGAAAAGGGAGAAGUCUUACACCACUUCCAAGAAGAAUAAGCCUAAGAGAAAGAAGGUGAAGCUGGCUGUUCUGAAAUACUGCAACAUGGAUGAGAAUGGCAAAGUGGAGGAGAACCCGGACCUGCGCAAGGGCGAGAUCGCGCGGCGCUUCAACAUCCCGCCGUCCACACUGAGCACCAUCCUGAAGAACAAGCGCGCCAUCCUGGCGUCGGAGCGCAAGUACGGGGUGGCCUCCACCUGCCGCAAGACCAACAAGCUGUCUCCGUACGACAAGCUCGAGGGGCUGCUCAUCGCCUGGUUCCAACAGUUCCGCGCGGCCGGCCUGCCCGUGAAGGGCAUCAUUCUCAAGGAGAAGGCUCUGCGGAUAGCGGAGGAGCUGGGCAUGGAUGACUUCACUGCCUCCAACGGCUGGCUGGACCGCUUCCGCCGGCGCCACGGAGUCGUGUCCUGCAGCCUGAGUGUGUUGCUGUGCGCCAACGCCGACGGCAGCGAGAAGCUGCCCCCGCUGGUGGCGGGCAAGUCAGCCAAGCCCCGUGCUGGCCAAGCCGGCCUGCCCUGCGACUACACCGCCAACUCCAAGGGUGGUGUCACCACCCAGGCCCUGGCCAAGUACCUGAAGGCCCUGGACACCCGCAUGGCUGCAGAGUCUCGCCGAGUCCUGCUACUUGCUGGCCGCCUGGCUGCCCAGUCCGUGGAUACCUCAGGCCUCCGGCAUGUGCAGCUAGCCUUCUUCCCGCCUGGCACCGUGCAGCCACUGGAGCGGGGAGUUGUCCAACAGGUGAAGGGCCACUACCGCCAGGCCAUGCUGCUCAAGGCCAUGGCUGCGCUAGAGGGCCAAGAUCGUUCAGGCCUGCAGCUGGGCCUCAUGGAGGCCCUGCACUUCGUGGCUGCAGCUUGGCAGGCAGUGGAGCCUUCUGACAUAGCUGCCUGCUUUCGUGAGGCUGGCUUCGGGGGUGGCCCAAAUGCUACCAUCACCACUGCCCUCAAGAGCGAGGGAGAGGAAGAGGAGGAGGAAGAAGAAGAAGAGGAAGAGGAGGGAGAAGGGGAGGAGGAGGAGGCAGAGGAGGAGGAGGAGGAGGAAGGGGAGGAAGAGGAGGAAGGGGGGGAAGGAGAGGAGUUGGGGGAGGAAGAGGAGGUGGAAGAGGAGGCUGAUGUUGAUGACAGUGAGGAAGAGGAAGAGGAGGAGGAGGAGGAGGAGGAGAGCUCCUCUGAGGGCUUGGAGGCAGAGGACUGGGCCCAGGGUGUAAUGGAGGCCGGUGGCAGCUUCGGAGGCUAUGGUGCCCAGGAGGAGGCCCAGUACCCUACCCUCCAUUUCCUGGAAGGUGAGGCAGACUCUGAGUCGGACAGUGAGGAAGAGGAGGACGACGAUGAAGACGAUGACGAUGAAGAUGAUGAAGAUGAGGAUGGUGAUGAGGUGCCUGUGCCUAGCUUUGGGGAGGCCAUGGCCUACUUCGCUAUGGUAAAGAGGUACCUGACCUCCUUCCCCAUCGAUGAUCGUGUGCAGAGCCACAUCCUCCACUUGGAACACGAUCUGGUCCAUGUGACCAGGAAGAACCAUGCCAGGCAGGCAGGAGUUCGGGGUCUUGGACAUCAAAGCUGAGCCACUGGGCCUAGCCAUGCCCUCAACCCAGAUGUGGCAGCACCAGCCCAGGGCAAAAGGACUCUUUGGGCAGCUGCUGUGGAUGGAGCCAGAGUAGGGAGCCCCAGAUGCUACCAUCACUUUAGCGAUGUUCCCCAGGCCCUGUGAACAAGCCCAGUCACCUUGGUAGGGCCCAGGGUUGGGGUCAGCCUCACUGCCUGCUUAUUGCCUCUUUCUCAGAGUCCUCUUUCCUCCCCAUUUGCCCCUGAACUUGGGGGACCAGGUGGGGAGCUGUCCGGUGCUACCACACCAUGCCAUCAGUGGACUAGGCCACAGCAGCCACCAGGGAUGGGCCCUGGAGGCUCCCGGCCAGACAGUGCCUCUCCCCUCUGCCGUCCACACCAGGUCUUUGGUGGGGGGGGACCCCAAAGCCAUUCUGGGAAGGGCUUCAGAGGAAGGUCCAGCCUAGGCCCCUAUGAGGCUGGCAGCCCCCCAUCCCUGCCCCCAGACCGCCUCAAGAAGCACAGUCUAACCACAGGCUCCUAAGCCUGCUUCUGCCUGCUUUCCCACCUCCCCAAUCCCUUUCUCUGGCCCAGCCCAUGUUACUUUGGCCCUUGGUUUUCUCAACAGAUUGGAGGUUCCCAAGAGGCCCUCCAGGGGAGUGAAAAUGGGCAUUUCCCUUGUGGGCAGCUGCAGGCACCAUGCCUCUCCUUCCUCCUGGCAGGGUCCUAUCUUGGGCAGGGGGCCUGGGUCUGGGCCCAGAGUCCAGUUGUCCAGCUGCUCCUUUCCCAGUAUGAAUUCAAUAAAUCCAUCCACUCCCUUUUUGUGGGGUGAAUGUUUUAACAGCCAA